UAGUUACUUAUCUACCUACUAUUGUAGAAAUAUCAUUCAUUCGCUUGGGUUUGGGGUUGGGAUGGAAUGUGAAUGGAAUAAUUUUCCGAUAGGCAUUGAUUUUUUACGUAUACAGAUAGUCCAUGUAAUGGUUCUAAAACGAACAGCCCUUAUGCAUCCGACCACAUUGCCGCGCUACAGUCGCUGCAUCCGACAGAACACUCUUCGGAUGCAGCAUACUUCAUAUCUAGUGCGAAAGAUGGCGCUUUUGAGAAAGUGUAUUUGUGUGAGUGUGCGAAUGUGUAAAAUUAUUCUCUGUAGUGGUGACUACGGAGUUGCGUUUAAGUGUAGCGAGAUGACAAGAAAUAUGUGAAUGAAUAGAACAGACCAUUGAAUACAAUGCAUGACGCGGGUAGGUGAUGAGGGUGUAAAUGCUAAAGAAAAAGAACAUUGAUCUCCAGAGGUGGAAAAAAUAUAUGUACAAAAGGCAGACGAACUGUUUCAUAUCAUUGUUUAACCAGAAAAUAAGUACCCCGAUUUGUAAUAGGUACCGUUGGUUUUUUACGUAAAAAAUCAAUUCUGGUAGGUAGAGGUACAUAUGUGAAAGAUUUCGAAUGGAGAUAAUAUAACUCAAUUAGAAUAUGCCUAUUUCAUUGCAUCAAACCAAGAUGCAUAUCAAAUAAGUACUUGAUAACACUUAUGUUAACAAUCAAGUCCUACAAGAGAGGUACAUUCCGACUCAGGAACUGAUGAAAAAUUUUUGGACCGGACACAGCUAGGUCUAAAGAACAUGCAAAAAUACCCGCAUCGAAAAUUGCAUGUACAGAAGUGAUGUAUUUUUCAAUUUUUGGUGAAUUUAUGAAAAUCAAAGGGCUGAAAAUGAAAAAAUGACGAAAGUUCACCAAAUUAACCUAGAAAGCUGAAAAUGACUUUAGGUAUACCUUACUUAUGACUCAUAGAACCGACUGGAAGCAAGUUCGAGCCACUUUGAGCAGUUCUGGAGCCUUUAGCAAAUUUUUGAAAUUCAAAAUUUUUCUUGGUUCUGAUGGUGAGAGGUAUUUAUGAAAGUUGGAAAAUUCCAAUUGGAUAUUUUCUUUCAGGAAAAUGCGUGAAUAAAGACAUGUUGAGGAAUAUUGUUACCGCAGCUAUUAAAAAAUUAUUUGCAGCUGGUCUCAUAGUAAAAGGUGUCGUAUGUGACCAAGGCACAAAUAAUCAAGGGGCCUUCAAGUUAUUAGGCGUUACUGUAAGAAAACCAUAUUUUAGUGUGGAUGAUAAGAAGAUUUAUGCUCUUUAUGACGUUCCUCACCUCAUUAAGAACCUAAGAAACAAUCUUCUUAAUGGAAGUUAUGUAAAUGAUAAGGGAUUUAUCCGUUGGUCCGAUAUUAGGCAGGCUUAUAAUAUCAAUAAGCGUAAUGGUAAAUCAAAUGCACUUACAAAAUUAAGUGAUAGUCAUGUGGCACCAGGACCAUUUCAAAAAAUGAGUGUAAAAAGAGCAGUGCAAACAUUGAGUCACAGUGUUUCAUCUGUAAUUAAGGUUUGUCACGAAUCAGGUGAGCUGAAAAGCUCAUCUGCAAAAAAUACGGCAGAAUUUGUAAGAUUUGUUAAUAAUCUUUUUGAUUCUUUAAACAGUCGGCACCCUUUGGAUAAAAAUCCCUAUCGUCGACCAUUGAGAAAAACAGGAAAAGCUAAGCGCACAUUGAGAUCUGGUGUCAUUUAUUUUAAAAAAUUAAAAAAAAUUUUGCAUUCUGAUGAAAAAAAAACUCCGUAUCAACCACCUUGUUUCACAGGCCUGAUUCAGACCAUAAGAGCAGUUUUAUUACUGCUCAAAGAUGAGGUCACACACCAAAAUAUUAAAUAUUUGUGCACCAAUAAAUUAAAUCAAGAUGCAUUAGAAAAUCUUUUUUCCAUUUUUCGUCAGAAUGGUGGUUAUAAUCGUAAUCCCACAGCUCGCACACUUCGAACUUCUUUUCGAAGUGAAUAUACGUGGUUUAUGUACAACGACUUCAAAACAAAUGGAAACUGCGAGUCUGACGGUGAGAAGUUUAUAGAUUUUGAUUGGGUGAAGAAAGUUUCAGAAAGUGUGAGUGGCGAGGUGGUGGAAGGAGUGGAAAAUGUGGUUAUAAAUAAUAAUGAUGCAGCUGCUGCAAAUGAUGGUGAAGGAGGAAAGGUAGGCAGUAUGGAAAAUGUGGUUGUGAAUGACAAUAAUGAAAAUGUAAUCGCAGAUGCAGGGGGAGAGGUGAGCAGCAUAGAAAAUGUGGUUCUGAAUGACGAUAACGAAAAUGUAAUGGAGAGUGAAGGUGGUGGGGUGGAAGAAACAGGCGAUUUUGAAACAGAGAACAUGGAUGUGGAUGUUACGAGUGCAAUUGAGUUGGUGGAAAGGAUAGAGAAUCUUGAAGCAGGGGAGAGGGGUGUCAAUGUUUCUAGUGUUCCAGUUGAAAACAUAACGUUAGAAAAAUGUUCAAUGAGUUACUUUGCAGGAGCUGUAAUUAGAUCAGUUGUUAAUAAAGUGGAUUGUAAAACAUGUUUGAGCAAUCUGGUUGCUAGUUUUCCAGAAGAGACACCUUAUAACCAACUCAUUUUUGAAAAAACGUUUGAUAAUAUCACAUGCACUAAAAACGAAGAUGGUACUUUUGUUGGACUAUUAUAUCCAGCAGAAAUAUACACCUACGUUUUUAAUCACGUGAUAGAUAUUUUUCAACAAAAAUUCGUUUCAUUAUCCCAUAAAAAAAAAUUGAGAGAGAAAAUUUUGACCAUUAUCAAAAAAGAUGAAACGAUUAUGUCAUGGCUGGGGUCUGAUGAUUGUACAAAGCAUCGUUUGGCAAUCUUGGACCUCGCACUACGCAUAAAAAUUUUUGAUGCCACUAAAAAACAAAAUGCCAUUGAUAAGGCUAAUAAAAUAAAUAAAUUGAAAAUUUUGAACAAUUUGUGAAAAUUUGAACAAAAAAGAUGAAAAUUUUUUGAGAUUUUGAGCAGUUUUAUCAGGUCAUUUUUUAUAGGUACCAAUAUUUUAAAGUCAGUAAUUGCGAUUUCUUCAUUUUUUCCCUUACUUUUUGCCUUUAAAAAAAUCAAAAUUGAGAAAAUGUGUAUUAAUAGGUACAUAUUUUUUUGUAAUUUUAUUUUAAUUUCAAAAAAUGGGAAAAUAGAGGGAAAUUAUAUUUAUAUCGUCAUGGAUGUGUGGCCGAUCAAAAUGGAUUAAAAAUGCACAAGAAAUUCAAAAUAUUUAGACUAUAAUUUUUUUGGCAAUUUUUGGAGAAUUUGGAUCGUAAAUUUUUGUCAUGCCUUUUUCAUUGAUUUUAUGGUUCAAUUUACUUGUGCAUAAAUAUGUACUUGAUAUUUUGGUUUGUGAUCUCAUCUUUCAGCAGUAAAAAAGCAAUGCCCUUUAUUGGAUAUUUUCAGAAAGGAUACCUUCCAUGUGAGCUAUGAAAACAAAAUUAAAUUUUGCAAGAAGUCCAAAUAUUUCAACAAAAACGUUUUUGAAUAUUUUUGACAAAUUUGCAGCUCAAAAUUAGGUAGAUGAUGGUUCAGUUUUAUUGGGCCAAUAGGCUUUUCUUGUUCUCCUCAAAUCUUUGAAGCUUCAAAUUUCAUUGAACCCGUAGGUUUUCAUUGUCUCUCUGAUAUGACUUCUUUUUUUUUUAAUUUACCUACUUUUCGAUUAUAUGUAUCUAUGUACUUCACAUUGUAUAGUGUUUUAGCUUAUUUUGUACUUUUUUUGAUUUUUUUAUUUAAAAAUGCAAUUUUUGUUGAAACUGUUGACGUUUUUUUUUUUUUGGUAUCGUGUAUAUUCUGAUGUUUUUGUUUAUUCAUUUUUAGUUUUAUCUUAGUACCUCUCUAGGUACAUAGUACAUGUUCAUACAUUAUGUAUCAUUCAUGUGAAUAUAUAACUACGUUUUUGUACAGUCAAAUAUGGAUUGAUUUUUAAUGAAGUUUUGGUGUAUAGAAAAACAAGAGAAGUAUGUCUAAUUGUCUAUGUACAUCAUCUCGAGUGAGAAAAUGACAGAAGAUUUUUUGGACCAGACGAAGGUAGCUCUGCAGAACAUGCAAAAAUAUCAUCACCAAAAAUUACAGGAGCUGAAGUGCAUUUUUCAAUUUUUGGUGAAUUUUUGAAAAUCGUUGGACUGAAAAUGAAAAAAUUACAACAUAAUAAUUUUUCCAAAUUAACCUAGAAAACUGAAUUUAGUUUAUAGGAGGUACCUUACUUACGACUUCAAAACGACUGGAAGUGGGUUCGAGGCAUUUGAGCAGUUCAGA